CGUUUGUAGUCGUCGGUCGAUCCUUACUUUGACUCUUUCGCUCUUUCCUAAUACAUUUUACUAUCUUCGUCAUUACACGUUCGAGGUUCCGCAAGCAUUACUGUUGAGUUUCACGACUGCCGACUGCCGUUACUAGUGCAUUACAACGCGACAAAUUGGGUAGCAAGAAAGAAAGUAUGAAGGUGGUCGUUGCCUUGUUUGGCCUGGUAGUCGCCGCGCUUGCGCAAGACGCCUCAACCUCAAGCUAUACCGGCCCAAUGUUCGACCCGGACACCGCGCCUUUCUUUGGCCCUAGCACGAUUGUCUAUCCCUCCGUCACCGAGUCCGCUCCGGUACUUUCAAACUUACCGACUCUCACACCCUCCGGCAGCUCAGCUACGAUCUCCCUGUCUAGCAGCGCUAUGGCCAACUCCACGCUCUCGACUUCAACGCUGUCGCGCAACUCUACAACAUCGCAUACCUCGACGCAUUCGUCGACACACUCGUUCACAUCGGUCAGGACUUCGCGCACGGCGACUCCUACAGCGGACGAGACUUCGCCAAGUGCGUCGGUUCCGGCCGAGACGGGUGCGGGUGUCGCGAAUUACCCAGAGGCAUUUGGAGCUAUUGUAGGAGGACUUUUAGCUGGAUUAGCGAUGCUGUAGCAGGUUUUAAUAUCUUCAUAGUAGAGACCAGGCAAAUGGAAAACAAACACGGUAUGCCAUGGUAUUUAGUUGCGCAGAGGUCCAGUGAGGUUUCAAGACCAACAUAAUAGGGUAUAUUGUGA